GAUGGCUAUAAGCAGUACAACUAUCUCAUCGACGAGGACCAAACCAUUGGAAAAGAUGGCCAGAAUGUACACGGACCGGAUUCUGUUAUAUCAAUGAUUGAUCACGCCUUCCACACGUUCGGUACUGGAGAGACGGAAUGUGGUAUUCAUGCUGAUAAUUGUUUCGGUCAGAACAAGAACAGAUACGUGCUGGCGUACUUAUCAUGGCGCACGAUGACUGGGCGGCACAGAACAAUCAGAUAUAUGAUGCAGUUACCAGGACACACAAGGUGCCUGAUCGACGCCGGGUUUGGUACUAUAAAGAAGUUGUAUCGGCGUUCGAACUGUGACACACUCCAGCACGUGGUAGAUGUUGUACACAAGUCGGCACACAGUAAUGUACCGGCUACAUACGACGAGAAUGGGUGGGAGUGGAGAGACUGGAAGAUGUUCCUCGGUGAUAGGUUCAAAAAAAUGCCAAACAUUUCCAAAUAUUAUCACUUCCGCUUCACAUCAAGCGAACCCGGGGUAGUGUACAUGAAGGUAGCCGCAGACGACACCGAGGAAAUCCGAUUUGUCAUUUGCAAGACGAACUAUUUACGAAUGGACACCUAUGAUCUUCCGUCAGUUAUUAGGCCAGCAGGACUCAGCAAGGAACGUCAGACGUAUCUAUACCGCCACGUCAGGCCGCUGGUGAGACGUCCGUUUCAGGACGUUCUUUGUCCGCCCCCUGCGUCGGACGAUUGACAAUCACAUGUGUAGUGUAACAUGUAGAUAUUACAAAUUUAUCCUGAAAUGCCACUUGAAGAUCAAUGACAUUAGAAAACAGGAAAUAUGUUAUUACUUAUUUAUUAACAUCAAUUGAAGUGACUAAUC